GUCGACCAUUGCAUUGCGACUUAAAAAUCUCAUUCGACCAGAAGCUGACGCCCACCGAAUUUCCAAUAUCUACGUUGCCAUUCAACAACACGAGCCUCCAGGUCAUAUACCUAGGCACCAAACAAAUAGGUGCCCGUCAGCUCGGUGGCCAUGCCUUCCAUGCAGCGACGCCUUCUAGGGCAGAUUAAAAGCACACUGCAGAUAGGUAAUGACUACAGUGUCGAGCCUGCCGGGCUGUCAUGGAGGAGCAACACCUUUUUCAUCGUGUCCACCGUGGCAGUGGGUCUCUUCACAGACUUGUUCCUCUACGGCCUUGUCGUCCCCAUUCUUCCGUACAUGCUCCAGGAUCGUGUUGGCCUUCCAGACGACCAGGUGCAGUCCCACGUCGACGGGUUGCUGGCCGCGUAUGCCGGCGCCUCCGUGCUUUUCAGUCCCGUUGCAGGCUAUGUCGCGGAUAAGACCUCCACCAGGCAGGCGCCGUUCCUCUUGGGCCUGCUGGCGCUUAUGCUCGCUACCCUCUUGCUCUUCCUCGGAACCAAUAUACCUGUCCUGGUUGUGGCGAGGCUGCUUCAGGGGAUCAGUGGUGGAUUUGUCUGGACGAUAGGGCUGGCCUUGUGCUUAGAGACGGUGGGACCUGAGAACCUUGGGAAGACUAUUGGCUCGAUCUUUUCUUUUAUAUCUGUUGGCAAUCUACUUGCUCCACUUCUUGGUGGUGUUCUGUACGAGAAGACCGGGUAUGUCGGUGUCUUCGGUAUUGGCCUAGCUAUACUGGCGAUUGAUUUCAUCAUGCGGGUGCUGGUGAUUGAAAAGAAGGUUGCAAAGCGCUACGAAAUAACGGACCCACCAUCUGCUGGUGACCCCGAGGCUGCCCAAGAUCAAAGCAUAAAUCGCAGUGACUCAAGUCCGUCACAUGGCGAGCAAGGGGAAGAGGAACCCCUGCUGGGCCAAGAGAAGGACCACUUCAAAUUGUCCAAGGAUCAGCCCGCAAUAGCACAGAAGAUUACUAUUCUGCCUUGUAUGACGGACCCGAGGCUUCUUACUGCUCUUCUUGUCGCAUUCGUCCAGGCCCUACUGCUGGGCAGCUUCGACGCCACCGUGCCUACGACUGCGAAAGAGCUCUUCGGAUUUGACUCGCUCAAAGGCGGGCUGCUCUUCCUGCCCCUUGGUGCCUUCGACCUCAUCAUCGGGCCUCUCGCCGGUUGGUUUGUCGAUCGCUAUGGAACGAAGCCCUGUGCGGUCAUCGGCUACACCUACCUCAUACCAGUUCUGGUCCUGCUCCGCCUUCCUCACCCGGGUGGCAAGGAUCAGAUACUACUGUAUGGUGGUCUUCUCGCGCUUUGUGGCAUAGGGCUGGCCAUUAUUGGUGCGCCGUCCAUAGUUGAGGCAGGAUCUGUUGUCCAAAAGUAUUACGAAGCGAAUCCCGACUUCUUCGGCGAACAAGGACCUUACGCGCAGCUAUACGGUCUGAACUCGAUGGUUUUUAGUCUGGGUCUCGCUGUUGGCCCAGCCCUAGCGGGAGAGCUCAAGCAGGUCCUUGGCUAUGGAAACAUGAAUAUUGUAUUGGCCUCGGUCAGUUUGGCGACAGCUAUGCUAUCUUUUAUAUGGAUAGGCGGUAAGCCUGGGCUUCUUAAAAGGCAUGUCCGGCGUUAUUAGGAUAUGCGGAGCAUGAUCAUCUACUUUCCUAUUGAACUGUUCACAAGACUAAGAAAAGAGGGGUGUGAGAUCCCGUAUAUAGAUUUCAUUUUCAAGCUUUAUGAUCAGGUCAAUUGAGGAUUCUUCCCUUCUA